AUGGGCAGUCAUAAGAGGAAGAGAGCGCACUCGUUACGAACUCAGUUGUUCAACAAGCAAUUGCACGAUAAAAUUCAUAGAGAGCACCGGGAAGAGAUAGAACUCGAAGGAAUUGAUGAAAAUGAGCCGAUAGAUGAUGCAAGAGACGAGAUCAAGUCUUGGGGAUUCGAAACCAUCUUAGAUAAGCUUUUAAACCAUAGGAGAUUGCGAAGCACUAAAAAUGGGCGAAUUAUACCGGUUUCCGUGAACAAGAGGGAAGAGUUAACCGAUGAAAGAACGGGGAAAGCAUACUUGAACAAUGUGAUUACGUCGUCGAGAUAUACCGUGUGGUCAUUUCUGCCGCGGCAACUGUAUGCACAGUUUUCGAAAAUUGCAAAUGCGUAUUUUUUGCUCGUGGCCAUUUUGCAAAUGAUACCGUCAUGGUCGACUACCGGUACAUAUACGACGAUUAUCCCGUUACUGAUCUUUAUGGGCAUAUCCAUGGCACGUGAAGCGUGGGACGAUUUUCGACGCCACAAGUUGGACAAACAGGAGAACAAUAAGAGGACGAAAGUUGUCGUGAAAGGGUCUGGCGCAAGUCGCGAUUCGAGUCAAUUUUACAACUUGCCAAAAUGGCAAAAUACCGCAACUUCCACGAGCGCACUGACGACGCCAUCGAAGCCGGUCGAGAAUUCGAGCGUCGCAGGGACGGGCAGUGAGGAUUGGGAUGUUUUCACCAACUGGGAACUUUUAAGCUCUCGUCACAACAUUCACAUCGCGGAAAAAGAAUGGAAAAACGUUAAAGUUGGCGAUAUCUUACUCUUGAACCAAGACGACUGGAUUCCAGCAGACGCUUUAGUUCUUGCAUGUGACGGUGAAAACGACGAGUGUUUCGUCGAAACCAUGGCAUUGGAUGGGGAAACGAACUUAAAAAAUAAACAGCCGCUGGCCGGGGUUAGUAAAACGUUGCACCAGGCAUCUGGGCUUUCGAACUUUGAAGCCGUUGUGACUGUAGAGGAUCCAAAUUUGGAUCUAUACAAUUUCGAAGGCAAACUGGAACUCAGCAGCGAACAAAACAAUGAUACGGUUGAAAAACAUACGGUAGGCCCAGAUAACGUAAUAUAUCGGGGUAGCAUUUUAAGAAAUACACAAAACGUCAUUUGCAUGGUCAUUUUUACAGGUGAAGAGACCAAAAUCCGCAUGAAUGCCAUUAGAAAUCCAAGAAUCAAGGCACCUAAGUUACAAACCAGAAUAAACGCAAUUGUCAUAUUUAUGGUUUUUAUCGUGGCUUCCAUGUCCAUGUUUUCAUUCAUGGGUCAACGUUUGAUCAAAAAACGCUACGUGGACACGAACUUUGCAUGGUAUUUAUUUCAACAGGAUGCCGGUGAGGCGGCUACAGUCAUGUCUUUCAUUAUCAUGUACAACACCUUGAUCCCACUUUCCCUUUACGUGACUACAGAAAUCAUCAAGGCAAUGCAAAGCAAGUUAAUGGAAUGGGAUAUUGACAUGUAUCACGCGGAAACAAAUACUGCGUGCGAAUCUCGCACAGCUACCAUUUUGGAAGAAUUGGGCCAAGUUUCUUACAUUUUCAGUGAUAAGACUGGCACUCUAACGGAUAACAAGAUGAUUUUUAGGCGAUUUUCUGUUUGCGGUAGCUCCUGGCUUCACGACAAUGAUUCGAAUGCCUCUAGUUCGGAAUCUAGUAUUCACAAGACUAUUACCGUCGAUGAGCUUUCCGUUGACGAGCACCAUGUCCUGGAAAGGUUUGAAAAAGAAGGUAUUGCUCCUUCCAAAUCUGCAAGGACCUCAGUUGAAUACAAAGGAAAUAGCUCUGCAAUUUACACUGGCAGACCAAGCAUGGCUUCGAGAAUUCGUGAUGAAGUUGAUCGCAAUGUUCCAACGGUUGUACAAAGAUUUGACAGCAAUGUCGAUCUGGAAGGUAUAAGGUCCUCGGUAGAUUUGAUAGAAUACAUUCAAACCGCGCCAGACACAGUUUUCGCUCAAAAGGCAAAAUUUUUCCUUUUAUGCCUUGCGCUUUGUCAUUCAUGCGUACCAAAGAGAACUUCUUCUAAUUUUGAAGAUGCCAUUGAAUAUCAAUCUGCAUCGCCUGACGAACUGGCAUUAGUCACUGCUGCUCGCGACAUGGGCUACGUUGUAAUGAAUAGAAACGCAAACACGCUGACAAUAAAAUCAUUUCCAAAUGGAUUCGAUUCGAAACCAAGAGUCGAGGAGUACGAGGUAUUGAACACGAUCGAGUUCGAUUCGAAUCGUAAGAGAAUGUCAGUGCUGGUGCGAUUACCAGACGAAAGGGAUAGGGUUCUCUUGAUUUGCAAAGGUGCCGAUAAUGUAAUACUAGAAAGACUCUACAACCGUGAUCUUGCCGACCAGAAAGCUGGUGAAUUGAGGAAUUUAACUAACGAGAGGAAAAUUGCUGAGGCAGAAGUGGUUCUGCAACAGCGCAAAUCCUUGGAAGAUGACAUAAGAGGUAGAAACAGCUUUGCGUUACGCAGGACAUCAUCUAGUCGCGUACCAAGAACGAGUUUGUCACUCACUGCGGCGCGGAAGAGUUUAUCGCGAAAAAGUCUAGGCUCUGGGGAUGCCGAAGGACAGAUAAAUUCGAUCGACGACUUCUUAACCAGUGUUCAAAGGGCUGAUGGCGAAGUUAAGGACAUAUAUUCUAGAAGUCGCAAAUCCUUCCAUAAACAACAGAAGGAACGCUAUAACGCCGCAACAGGAAUCUCGGCUGGCUCGAGUUCAGCGAAUGCAGGCUCAUCCGGCUCUAUAGCAAGAACGCCUACAAAUUUGAUUAAUGAUGAGUACCGAGUAGCUAUGGAAGAUUACGUCGGCAACGACGAUCUUGCUCAAAAUGAAGAGUUCAUCAUCGAAAGAACUUUGCAAGCCAUUGACGAAUUUUCGACAAAUGGCUUGAGAACGCUACUUUUCGGCUUUAAAUGGAUAAAGAUGGACGAAUAUGAAAAAUGGAAUGAAGAACACCAUGAGGCGAAAACGAGCCUCGACGGUAGGAAAGCCAAGCUUGCGGCAGUCAGCGAGUCGAUCGAAACCGAUUUAGUACUUUUAGGAGCGACGGGAAUCGAGGAUAAGCUGCAAGAAGGUGUCUCAGACGCAAUUGAAAAAAUCAGGAGAGCAGGUAUAAAGAUGUGGAUGCUCACUGGUGAUAAGAGGGAAACUGCUAUCAACAUCGGCUACUCUUGCAAACUCAUUUUUGAUUACUCAACAUUAGUUAUCCUUUCUGCCGAAGAUGAGAAUUUGUCUUCCAAAAUGAGCGCAUUAUCUCAAGAAAUCGAUCACGGCAACAUCGCACACUGUGUGGUAGUUAUUGAUGGCGCCACGUUGGGCAUAUAUGAAAGUAAUCCAACUCUCAUGUCUGUAUUUGUUGAGUUGUGCACUAAAACCGAUUCUGUGAUCUGCUGCAGGGCGUCACCAUCCCAGAAGGCCUUGAUGGUGUCCCAUAUGCGGAAUACAGACAGGAAGUUAGUGACAUUAGCGAUUGGAGACGGAGCAAAUGAUAUUGCUAUGAUUCAAUCAGCUGACAUUGGUGUUGGCAUAGCUGGGAAAGAAGGAUUACAAGCCUCAAGAUCGUCAGACUACUCGAUUGCUCAAUUUAGAUUUCUCCUCAAACUCCUCAUGGUGCAUGGUAGAUAUAAUUACAUCAGAACUUCCAAAUUUGUUCUCUGUACAUUCUACAAGGAAGUUAUGUUUUAUCUCACCCAAAUGAUAUACCAAAGGGAGACCAUGUUUUCGGGGACAUCGUUUUACGAGCCGGCAUCACUCUCGAUGUUCAAUACCCUUUUCACAUCCUUGCCUGUUCUGUGUAUAGGGAUGUUUGAAAAAGAUCUCAAGCCCUCAACCCUCAUUGCCGUGCCUGAGCUAUAUGCGCUAGGACGCCUAUCAGAAUGCUUCAACAUGAAGGUUUUCAUACAAUGGAUGGUUUUCGCAGCUGGUAACGCGGUUUUGAUCACUUUUCUGAAUUGGCAAAUCUGGGGAUUUACUGCUUUGUCUGACAACACCGCAUAUCCACAAGGAAUGAUCAAUUUCACCGCAAUCGUUGUCUUAAUCAACUUCAAGUGUCAAAUUGUGGAAAUGCGUAACAGAAACUUUCUAGCUUUUGGAUCGCUAAUCAUUUCAAUUUUCGGGUGGGUGAUUUGGUGUGCUAUUAUACCCAGGUUUUCAAAAAGUGACAUCAUCUAUGAUGUGCCUUCAGGCCUAUAUGACCGUUUUGGGAGUGAUCCUACUUUUGGGGCAGCUAUUGUUGUCCUCGUCUUUUUGCCAGCAAUUGUGGACAUCGUAAUUCAAACAUUUAAGGUGAUGAUUAUGCCUACUGACUCCGAUGUAUUCGCUGAACUCGAACAGAAAAGUGAAAUACGGAAGAGACUAGAAUUGAGCGCUUACAAUGAGUUGAAGCAAGGAUGGACUUGGGAUAAAGAUCCGGGAACUUUGACGCGCUAUGCAGAUAAGGUAAUCAAACGUGGCAAGGAUGUUGUGGAUGGAGAUACAAAGAGCAAAUUAAAGUUUAGACGAAACGUGGAUCACUACAGUAAGAGAGGCUCUGUCACUUCGAUAGAGCAAGCGACUGCGGCUUUCGGAUCAGAAAGAGCGGAAAGUCUGUCUGGCGGCAGAAACUUCAAACGUAGAUCCUCUGAAGAAUCUUUACAGGACAAGGGCGAUAACAGCAAAGGUAUCAGCGGGAAGCUUGGUAAGAAGCUUAGAUUCAAACUCAAGUCUCAAGAAGCAGAUGAAGAUGUCGACGCCAUUAUAGCGAAAAGGUUAAGAGAUUUAGAAUGA